GCACUAAAUGGCAAUAGCUUUUCUGGUGACGACCACAGCAAAUAGUAUAGAACCACCUUUUCCUUUCGCUCCGCGCUCUGAUCAACCGGUCAACUCACUCCUCCACUUGCAGCGCCGGCGUCGUCGUCGGAGAAGGAACCGAUCGUAGACUUCCAGUGCAGUUAUUGGAGACCUCCGUAAGGUGCCGACCUAGUAUGGAUACACAUGAUUGGAGGGCUCAAUUACUGCCUUAUAUUCGCCAAAGAACAGUCAAUGCAAUAAUGAGUAGAUUGAAAUUGUGUCUGCCUGAAGGUGAUGAUGAUGAAUUAGUUGCAGUUCUAAAAAGUGCACAAGGUUUUGAGCAGAAGACUUAUGCUGGUGCAACUAGCCAGGAAGAUUAUUUACGGAAAAUAUCUUCAAUUUUGCAGUUAAUAAGAGAAAAGUAUUGGACGGCUGGACUGCAAUCUGAUAGUCGCGGACGAAUCAUCAACAAAAUAUUGGAAACAUUAAGAAGACAUCUUCCUGUUUCUGGCCAAGAGGGAUUAGAUGAACUUCGUAAAAUUGUUGCAAGAUUUGAGGAGAAGAUUCACAAUGCAGCAACGGGCCAGGCUGAUUAUCUUCGGAGAAUAUCAUUGAAGAUGCUGGCAAUGGAAAAUAGCGGCCAAAACACUAUAGCUAACUCUAUGCGAUCAAACCUUGGUGACAAUGGUGAUGGACCUUCAGAUACAGGGUCUGUUACUGUUAGGCGGGCUCAAGUGCUAGGAGGGCAGGUGGCACCAUCAGAGGGAGAGAGAAAUGCUGCAGGAAGACAAUCUAUAAGAAAAAGGAAGCGGCCUUAGUGGCUAGCUGAUUUUGUCACCAACCUAUAUUUUUUUUUUUUAUCGAUAGCUGUAUUUUCAUAUACUCGUUGUCUCAUUUCCUCAGCCCAUUGCAAAUAAUGUGGACCAAAUGUUAAUGGCCAGGCCACUAUUUCGAUUGUAGUGUCCUCUGUUUGUCCUCUGUAGUGUGUCGUUUUGCAAUAUUGGCUUAUAGGGCCUUCGAUGUAAUGACUAAUGAGAAGGAAUGCUUACAUAGGAUUUGGAGUGGCUUUGGGCCUUA